CAUUCAUGAAUUAGAAGGAACAGUCGCCACCGCGUGUCCGUUCUCAACGGACUGUUCAGAGAUCUCGUUAAAUUCCGUUCAUUAUAUAUAUAUAUAUUAUUUUAUCACUCCCAAAAGUGUCGAUUGCAGAAAAACGUCGAUAUUAAUAUUUCCAAUAGUCGAAUAAAUAAAGUCGAAAAAGUAAUUGAGUAUCGAAAAAAGAAAAAUGGCGGGAAAUAUUAAAAGAAAAUAAAUGCAAAAAAUUUAAAAAAAAAAACACAAAUGAUAAUAAAAAUAAGAGAAGAAGAUUUAAAGAAAAAGGAUAAAAAAAAAAUUUUAAGAAGUAAAGUAUUGAUAGCUGAUAGCUAAAAAAAUAAAAGAAGUUUACCUUGUAGGUUCUUCAACUCUAAAAAUCGUGAUUGAGAAGAUUUAAUGGAAACGAAGAAGAGAGAACGAGACAGAAAGGGCUGGUAAACCUUCGAGGAUGUUUGAAUACUACCUGAUGGUUAUAUGAAGUAGUUGAAGAGUGUUCUCUCGAAUCUCGCCUUAAUUACCUAGAGCUUCUUGUCAUUUUAUACCCUAAUAACACAAAAUGCUUUUCAUUAAUGAAAAAAAAAUUUAUCAAAUAACAAAUUUAAGGAUUUCAAAUUAAUUAUAUAAAAAAAAAAUUUUAAUCCCCAAGGAAUUAAAUUAUUACAAAAAUUUUUUAAAAUAGCAUGAAUAUAAUUGUUUAUUCAAAACAAGGGAGCAUGAGUGCAUACUUAAAACAAUGAGAGAGAGAAAGAGAGACUGAAUUAAAAAUAGAUAAGAGAAGAUGGGAGAACUGGUGUAAUCCACGAUAUGAAACGUUUUACAAAAUCAUCACAUAUAAAAGAAUCACUAAUCUUCGAAAUACCACACGAGGAAUAAAUUUUCUUUUUUUUUUUUUGCAAAAAAUUUAAUUUUUUAAAAAUGAAGCUAAUAUUUUAUUGGACAUUUCUAUUAAUGUUAAUAAAUGAAGGUUUAUUAAAAUCUGUGAAAAAAUGUUGCCAACAAAAUGAAAGUUUACAAAAUAUAAAUGAUGAACUUGUGUGUAUAAAUUCAACAUUAAUAGUCGAAUUAAAUAAUUUAAAUUCAAUUGGACUUCCCGAUUGUGAAUUAUUGGGAAAACAUUUUUACCUAUCUCUUGAUAAAAUACAUGAUGAUAAACUUUAUACUUCAUCGGCUGCUUGUUUAGAUCAUUUAUAUGACAAUCAAACAAAAUAUAAUAUACCAAUUAUUGUUUAUUGUGAUCAGGAUGCGGGAGACCUUCAUAAUUCCAAGAAUUCACUAAGAACACCGCAAGUUCUUAGUGUGAGAAAAUGUUGUCCAAGUGGAGAAUAUUUUGACAUUGAUGGAAAAUCAUGUGUUUCUUCAAAAAAUAAAAUCAAUUUUAAGACCUUCCUUCAUAUCUCAAAUGAAAUAGAUUUAGUGGCUGUGGAUAAUGGUGCACCCGUAUGUGAAAAAACUCUCGUCAAUUAUGUGAUUGAGACACCAAAUGUUUACAAAUAUCAAGGAAAAUUACUGGCGAAAGUACCUUGGAUGGAAGAAUCAAUAGAUCUCACGAGGCAGAGUGAUGUUGAAAACAUUUGUUUGGAUAUUGAUAAUUCACGUAGUUUUCUUGUUGCACGAGUUUGUAAAGAUCGAAUGUAUUGCAAUAAUAAUGCUUGUUUACGAAAAUGUUGCCCUGAAGGACAGGCAUUUUUUUCUGAUACAAAUUGUACGAAAUAUUCUUUAAAUGAUGUUGACACUGAAUUUCAUUCAGCGCUUGUUAAUAUAUCAAAUUUGACAAGUUCUAAUAUUAAUACAAAUGAUUAUGGUCUUCUUGUUGGGAAAACUUGCAAGCACAGCAUGUACGCCCUUAAUCCAACAGAAGGAUGGUCUGUAACACCAGAAGGAUAUAUUCACAUUGAAAUGAGUGAUAGAUCUCACUUACAUGAUGAAUAUUGUAUGGAGAUGUUUUAUAAUUAUUCUGACUAUAGUGAUGGAAUUUUUCCAUUUAUUUGCUUUGAUGAAACAGUUUAUGAGACUCCAAGACAAGUUCGUAUUCUUGAAGGAAUCCUUCAGUCAAUCAGUAGCUUUUGUCUUCUGAUAACACUUUUGGUAUACAUUUGCAUACCUUCUCUAAGGAAUUUACAUGGUAAAACAUUAAUGUGCCACGUUGGUAGUCUUUUUAUUGCCUACGUUUGUCUCUCUUUGGUAACACUUGACGUUGCAAGAAGUCAGGAAGCUGUAGAAAACGAAGAUCCUGUAAGAAAAACUUUAUGCUCAAUUCUAGGAAAUACUUUGCUGUUUGCUUUUAUUUCAUCUUUUUCGUGGCUCAACGUUAUGUGCUUUGACAUUUGGUGGACAUUUAGAAGUACGAGAUCACCAAAUGGGUCUACUCAAAGUAGAGGACAAAGGAAUAGAUUUAUUAUUUAUUGCGUAUAUGCUUGGGGUGUUGCCUGUAUAGUAACAUUUCUCUGCAUAUUACUGGAUUACACUGAUAUUUUAAAUUACAAGGAUCGUCCUCGCAUUGGUGUGGAUAGAUGCUGGUUUCUGCAUGGACUUGGUAUUGGAGAGCUAAUCUUUUUCACAGGACCAGUGUCGAUUAUUUUGUUGAUAAACUUAAUAUUCUUUAUUAUGACGUCAAGAAAUUAUAAUAGAGUAAAAAGUCAGAUUAAAAAAGUUAUGGCGGAACCCACCGAUCAGAGAAACCGACUGUUUGAAGCUGAUAGGGAUAAAUUAGUUAUGAACGUAAAACUCUUCAUUGUCAUGGGAAUAACUUGGAUAUGUGAAAUAAUAUCAAAUUAUUUGAAUAUUUUUGUUCCACGUCUUUUGGAAUAUAAAUUCUUUUUAGUUUUCGAUUUAAUUAAUUGUCUUCAGGGUGUUUUUAUAUUUGUUCUUUUUAUAAUGAAAGAAAGAGUUUAUAAAGCUUUAUUCCAGAGAUUGUUUGACAAAAAUGAAACAAGUCAUACAAGUAACACAAGCAAUAAUAGUAAUCCAAAAAAUAUGAAGAAAAGCUCCAGUAAUUCAACAGUAAUGACGACUUUUGCCAUAUCUCGUGAUAUCAAAUAAUUUACCAAACGUAUCACAAAUCAUUGCAGAAUCAAAAUACAAUGUAUGAAAAAAAAAUCGGGACGCAUGAUUAUGUUCUAAAAAUCAUAAGUUAAAAUUUUUAUUUUAUGGAAUUUCAUUUGUCAUAAUUAUUUUUGAGCCGAAUUUUUAUUUAUUCGAAUUUGUAUUUUGCAGAAUUUUCAUCAAAACGAUUUUCUAUAUUUCAAAAUUUUAAAGAAUUUUUAUUGGGUAGAAUUUCAUUGCAUAGAAUUUUCUUUCAGAUGAAUUUUCUGAUUUUUUUUUUUAUUUCGAUGCGAUUUUUAAACUCAACCAAUCAAAAAUUAUCCGUAAAAUUGUGAUUGGUUGAAUUUAAAAAAUUGCGUCAAAUUUUUUUGUCGAUUGUUUGUUCGGACAUUUGCAAUUUCGGACAAAUGAAAAUUCAUCUGAAAGAAUAAAAUGAAAAUUCUCUGCAAUGAAAUUCUACCCAAUAAAAAUUCUUUAAAAUGCCUAUUAUGUUAAAUGAAAAUUCGAGUAAAUAAAAAUUCUGACAAAUAAAAAUUCGAACAAAUAAAAAUUUUGUGACGUGAAUUUUUGGUUUAUAUAAAAAUUCUGUAAUAUAGAAAAUCUUUUUGAUGAAAAUUCUGCAAAAUACUAAUUCGAACAAAUAAAAAUUCGACUCAAAAAUAAUUGUGACAAAUGAAAUUCGAUAAAAUAAAAAUUCUAACUAAUGAUUUUUAAAACAUAAUUAUGCGUCGCAAAAAAUCAUUGUCAAUUUUAAUUGACAAAAAAAAAAUACUGUAAGCAUUUAUGUUCAUAAGAAAAAUAUGUUUAUACCUAUUAUGUUAUAUUUUUAUAAAUGUUAAUUUUUUAAGUAAAAUUGUCUUUGUUUAACAAUAUAUGUAAGCGAAAAGAAUUAUAUGUUUGAUGUAAAAUGAAUGUUUUGAAAUGUAAUGCGCCGAAUAUUAAUUGUUUACCAAAGAAACUAAUGAUAAUUAUUAUAAUUGCAUAAUUCUACGAAAUUUAUUGUAAUUUUUUAUUACUUACUUAAAACUCAUAAUAAUUUUUUUUUUAAAUUGUUAUUGAUAGUAAAAGUGAUUUUAUACUGAAGUGCAAUUAAAAAAAAAAUUAAUAUUUUAAAUUUUAUCAUUUAUUAGCCAUGGCAAAUGUGGUAUAACUAAAUGACUUUUAAACACAUUUAUAAAAAGUAAAAAUAUUUUUAUAUAUUAUAGACAUUUCUUAUAAGAUUGUAUUAUUUUUAUUUUAAAGUUUUUAUGUUUUAUAAUUCUGCGUAUUUUUAGUAUGUUAAUAUUUUUAUAUAUAAAUAAACUUUUUUUUU